AUGAUAAGAACCAGUAAUGAGGUACUGGGAGAACUAAAUGACAAGGAUAGAAGAAAUAGGAGUAAAGUAAUCGAGGCAUGUGUGGAGAAUAGGAGAGGCGACAACAAUAUUUACUAUGUAACAGUGGAACCCAGGUGUGAAAAGGAGGAGGGGAAGAUCCAGAACAUGGUUGGAGGAAAUAAGAGUUUGCAACGCCGAUUAGAUAGAAAAGCUAACCAUUAUACAGACUCCAAGGGCGGUUUCAACUGCGAAAUAAUGAUCGAAAAUCUGUUCAUCAUAUGCUGCAGUGCUUUUGUGAUCCUGGUACUUUUUUGUAUUUUCAAGACACUGAUGCACAGAAUGGGUAGCUGUUUCGGUACAGAUCUUAUUGAUAGCAGACCCGCCAGAGAAAGAUACCAACCGGUGACGGCAAGAAAUGAAGACGCAAAACCUUCACGUCGCCACCCGGCGGACACCACACGACGCCAAACUGACAACAGCAAAAAAACGCGUGAGUCUCUUCCUUCCAAAUCGUCAAUCGGAGUUGCUUCGGAAGGUGCCACGCUAAUCAAACGAAAGCAGGAACCAACUCGAAAUAAGACUUCAGGGUUUGUAGAAACAUCUUUUCAUAUAUCUAAAGACGCUCGCUCCGAUAUGUUGCCCAACAAUGCGACAAGAAGUGCAAAAUCUCACCCAGAACAAGUGGAGCGAACUGCAAGACAGGCAACCCAGAGCGCAAACGAGGUGUGUCUUUCAACUCGACCGGUACCCAUCACCCCGUCGGAACGUGCUAUGCUAGUGAAACGAACAGUGGUUAAUAUUCAACAACUGAAGAGAUCAUCGGUGGUAGAGGCCCCUCAAAAAGAGACGUCGACUUCUGUAGAACCUGCUGAAUUUGCAACGUUGAGUUCUCGCGGAGUUUUUUCCAAGUCUACCGCCACUCGCGUGGACGUGAUGGCAAACAGAGACUUUGCGCACCCCGUUGAUAACGAGAUGAAAUAUGACAAUGGCUCUUCUACCAGUAGAAGAGUGGAAAAUCAACUAGGAGCUGGUUCCACCUCCGUGGCACCUGACAUUGACUUCAAGGAAUCAAAUAAGUUACCCCAAAGAGCUGUGAUUGUUUUGCAUCGUGUCGAUCCGCUCACAGCCGAAAAUUCUAUCACUGGUGAAUUCUUGAGUGACAAAGCAACAUAUGUUAACAGUAACUAUGAUAUACAGCGAGCUCCAGAAGCAAACGUGAAUAUGGGGAACUACAUUCCUGACAGUCAACCAAAAAGAAUAGUUGAGCGACCCGAACAACAUAAAAACAUAGCUGCCCACCAAAAAACAAUAAAUGUUAGUAGUAAUCAUCUCAACCUAACGUUACCUAAAACAAAUGAGAGUAGAGGGAAGGAUAUUACUCAACCUGGGUCACAUAGCAAUGGCUGCAGUGCUGACAGUCAACCAAAAGAGAUAGUUGAGCAACCCAAACAAGAUAAAAACAUUGCUGCCCAAAAAAUAACAAUAAAAACUAGUGUUGAUCAUGUCAACCUAACAUUACCUAUAAAAAAUGAGAGUAGAGGGAAGGAUAUUACUCAACCUGGGUCACAUAGCACUGGUUGCAGUGCUGACAGUCAACCAAAAGAGAUAGUUGAGCAACCCAAACAAGAUAAAAACAUUGCUGCCCACAAAAAAACAAUAAAACUUAGUGUCGAUCAUGUCAACCUAACAUUACCUAUAACAAAUGAGAGUAGGGGGAAGGAUAUUACCCAACCAGGGCCACAUAGCACUCGCUGCAGUGCUGACAGUCAACCAGAAGGGAUAGUUGAGCGAAACCACCAAGAUAAAAACAUUGCUGCCCAAAAAAUAACAAUAAAAACUAAUGUUGAUCAUGUCAACCUAACAUUACCUAUAAAAAAUGAGAGUCAAGGGAAGGAUAUUACUCAACCAUGGCCACAUAACACUCGCUGCAGUGCUGACAGUCAACCAGAAGGGAUAGUUGAGCGAAACGAACAAGAUAAAAACAUUGCUGCCCCAAAUAUAACAAUAAAAACUAAUGUUGAUCAUGUCAACCUAACAUUACCUAUAAAAAAUGAGAGUAGAGGGAAGCAUAUCACUCAACCAGGGCCACAUAGCACUCGCUGCAGUGCUGACAGUCAACCAAAAAGAAUAGUUGAGCGAUCCGAACAAGAUGAAAACAUUACUGCCCAUCAAAAAAUAAUAGAGGUGAGUCCUGCUCAUCUCAUACUCCAUAUAUCUAAACAAAUUGGGAGUAUAGAGAAGGAUUUUACUCAACCUGUGCUUCAAAACGUUAUAGAUGAUUUUACCCAGCCUUUUGGUCACCAGUCAAUACCUGAAGGCACUACCGAGAGAGGUCAGAAAAGACCGAACGAGGAGACACAAGACACUGUUGAGAGCGAAAUCCAAAUCGUGGACGCGGCGGCAGAAAAACAAAUUGGCGAAGUCUUUGAUGGCUACUCACCGACUAAAUCAGAGCGUCACACGGAAAACCAGUUGACAGUGAUUUUGAAGAAAGCCGAGCCUUUCCGAAAGAAAAUCGUAGAGUUUGAACAGCUGAAGGAUAGCACCGAGUACUAUUACAUAGACGAAAGUCUGCAGAGGCUGGGGGUGUACGAGUAUAUCUUCCAGCUGUUUCGCGAGUUAGAUGAGAAGCUGGAGGAGAACAUUCAGAACAAGGAGACUGAAAGUGCAUCCAUCGUUCACGAUUGA